CCUCCCCGUCUCCCGGCAUAUAAAGCGGGGAGCGCGCCCGCGGCCGGCCAACGCGCUCGGAGCGCGGCGCUCGCCCUGCCCGCUGCAGACGGACGUCCCGGCGGCGAUGAGGCUCCCGCUGGCUUUCGCCGUGCUCCUCCUGGCCUCGUCACAGGCGCUGGGCGAGGAGAUGGGAGCCACCGACGACCUCAGCUACUGGUCCGACUGGUCCGACAGCGACCAGGGGAAGGAGGAGCUGCCGCUGCCCCUGGAGCACUUCCUGCAGAGGAUGGCCCGCAGACCCCGGCCCCAGCAGUUCUUCGGCCUCAUGGGCAAGCGGGAUGCCGGAUAUGGCCAGAUCUCUCACAAAAGGCAUAAAACAGACUCCUUUGUUGGACUUAUGGGCAAAAGAUCUUUAAAUUCUGGGUCCUCUGAAGGGAGCAUAGCACAGAGCUACGAACGGAGGCGUAAAUGAGACGUUCCCGUGCAUUAUUUAUUGAACUUCAUUUGUUCUAAUGGCCAAUGCAGUGUAAUAUAAACUAACCACUGUAUGAAAUAAUUAUUUAUUUAAUAACUGAAGGGGUUUGAUUUUUUUCGAGUUGUACAUUCAAUAAAAGUAUUAUUUUUCAUAUUGUGGCAGUGACACGUGUUGUGUAGGUGUGCUGUGGUUCUGAAAGGAGCAGCAACCCUGAUGAUGUCUCACAACAAAGCACAUGUUUGAUAUGACCUGUAGAGUUAUGUUUACUAAACAAGCAAGUAUUCUUUUGUUCAUUGAGAGCGAGUCUAUCAGCUUCACUGCUAGUGCAGAACAGAACUGAUGUUCAGUCUAGUGCCUCAAUUUGUUUCCAUGGUUUAUUAUGUACUGUAAUUUCUGUAUCAAAAAUAUAUUUGUAUCAUUGCAGCAUGUUUUAUGUUCUGUGAUUAUGCAUCAAUAUAUUUUAAAAGGGGGGAUGGGUAAUGUUUGAAUGGGAAUCCAAAGUCUUCAUUUCAUAGUCUGGAAUUUUAUGAUAGUAACAUUUUAAAUAAAAACUACUCUGGGGCUUUUGCAACAUA